AUGGACACCUCCUGCCCGGCCAGCGCGCUGCUCCUGCUCUGCUUCCUCGGGCUGCCUGGGGCUAGCAGCGGGGGCUUGGCGAGCCCCGCCGGGAGGCGGCAGAGGGGCUGCCCGGCCCUGUGCCAGUGUGAACAGGACGGGAUGCUCCUCAGGGCGGACUGCUCCGACCGGGGGCUCACAGCGGUGCCCACCAACCUCAGCCUCUUCACCUCCUACCUUGAUCUCAGUAUGAACAACAUCACUAAGCUGCCCUCGAACCCCCUGCACAAUCUCCGCUUCCUGGAAGAGCUACGUCUUGCAGGAAAUGGCUUGACAUACAUUCCCAGGGGAGCAUUUGCUGGCCUUUUCAGUCUUAAAGUGCUAAUGCUGCAGAACAAUCAGUUAAAGCAGGUUCCCACUGAAGCACUCCAGAACUUGCGCAGUCUUCAGUCUCUACGCUUGGAUGCCAACCACAUCAACUACGUGCCACCCAACUGCUUCAGUGGCUUGGUCUCUCUUAGACACUUGUGGCUGGAUGACAACUCUUUAACAGAAAUUCCUGUGCAAGCUUUUAGGAGUUUAUCAGCACUUCAGGCAAUGACACUGGCAUUGAACAAAAUACAUCACAUACCAGACUAUGCUUUUGGAAACCUCUCCAGUUUGGUAGUUCUACAUCUCCAUAACAAUAGAAUCUACUCCCUGGGAAAGAAAUGCUUUGAUGGGCUCCACAGCCUAGAGACUUUAGAUUUAAAUUACAACAGUCUGGAUGAAUUCCCCACUGCUAUCAGGACACUCACAAACUUAAAAGAACUGGGAUUUCAUAGUAAUAACAUCAAAUCAAUACCUGAGCAUGCAUUUGUGGGCAAUCCAUCACUUAUAACCAUUCAUUUCUAUGACAACCCUAUCCAGCUUGUGGGACAGUCUGCUUUUCAACAUUUACCAGAACUCAGAACCCUGACUUUAAAUAGUGCUUCACAAAUAACUGAGUUUCCUGAUCUGACUGGAACUACAAGUCUGGAAAGUUUGACACUUACAGGAGCACAGGUCACCUCUCUUCCCAAAAUAGCUUGUGAUCAGCUACCUAAUCUUCAAGUGCUGGAUCUGUCUUACAAUCUGCUACAAGAUUUACCCUGUUUUACUGCUUGCAAAAAACUUCAGAAAAUUGACUUACAUCAUAAUGAAAUCUAUGAAAUCAAGGCCGACACAUUUCAGCAGCUGGUUGCCCUGCGCUCUUUGGAUUUAGCUUGGAACAAAAUUGCAGUUAUUCACCCCAACGCAUUCUCCUCUUUACCAUCCCUGAUCAAACUGGAUCUGUCAUCCAACCUUUUAUCCUCUUUUCCUGUGACUGGGCUACAUGGUUUAACUCAUUUAAAAUUAACAGGAAAUCAUGACCUACAAAGUUUGAUAUCAUCUGAAAAUUUUCCAGAACUCAAGGUCAUAGAAAUGCCUUAUGCUUACCAGUGCUGCGCAUUUGGAACUUGUGAAAGCCACUACAAAAUCUCCAACCAGUGGAACAAAGAUGAGAACAGCAGUGCUGAUGAUUUCCAUAAGAAAGAUUCUGGAAUGUUACACAUUCAAGAUGAACGUGACUUUGAGGAUUUUCUGCUUGACUUUGAAGAAGAUUUGAAAGCUCAUCAUUCGGUGCAAUGCACACCCUCUCCAGGUCCCUUCAAACCAUGUGACCAUCUGUUUGGUAGUUGGCUAAUCAGAAUUGGAGUGUGGACCAUAGUGGUUUUGGCAUUUAUUUGCAAUGCACUGUUAACUGCAACAGUCUUCAGAUCUCCAUUGUAUAUUUCCUCUAUAAAACUUUUAAUUGGACUGAUAGCCAUUGUAAACAUGCUAAUGGGUCUGUCCAGUGGUGUAUUGGCCAGCAUGGAUGCAUUAACCUUUGGCAGCUUUGCUCAAUAUGGUGCUUGGUGGGAAAGCGGAGUUGGUUGCCAAGUCACUGGCCUUCUGUCCAUUUUUGCUUCAGAGACUUCCAUUUUCCUCCUUACCCUGGCAGCACUCGAACGUGGGUUCUCUGUAAAGUAUGCUACAAAGUUUGAAACAAAAUCCUCUCUUGCUAGUGUGAAAAUAGCCAUUUUCUUUUGCUUUAUGUUGGCCUUGAUAAUUGCAGUGGUACCACUUCUCAGUGAGAGCAAAUAUGGGGUGUCUCCGCUCUGUUUACCUUUGCCAUUUGGGGAACCCAGCUCUAUGGGCUUCAUGGUAGCAUUGGUCUUAUUAAACUCUCUUUGCUUUCUGGUGAUGACUGUUGCCUAUACAAAACUGUACUGUAGUUUGGAGAAGGGAGAACUAGACAAUAUUUGGGACUGUUCUAUGAUCAAGCACAUAGCAUUGUUACUUUUUACUAAUUGCAUUCUCUAUUGCCCUGUGGCCUUCUUAUCUUUUUCCUCCUUACUAAACCUCACUUUUAUUAGCCCAGAAGUGAUUAAAUCAAUACUCCUAGUGAUUGUCCCACUGCCCGCAUGUCUAAACCCACUUCUUUAUAUCCUUUUCAAUCCACAUUUUAAGGAAGAUCUGGGAAGUCUCAGAAAGCAAACUUUGUUAUGGAGCAGAUCAAAACAUACAAGUCUGAUCUCUGUUAAUUCAGACGAUGUAGAGAAACAGUCCUGUGACUCAACACAAGCCCUGGUAACCUUUGCAAGUGCCAGCAUAUCGUAUGACGUGCCUACCAGCAACUCACUAAUGCCAUCAUCUUAUCAAAUGACAGAAAGCUGUAAUCUUUCAUCAGUAGCAUUUGUUCCAUGUCACUAG